UCCGGUUGGACAGCAGAGGGAAGGAGGUGGGGCGUCAUCGGACGGCCCCACAACCCUGUGCGGCGCAGCGGAGGGGGCGCGCUUGACUGACAGGCGGCGGCGGCGCCGUUGCUAGUGCAGGAACAAAGGAUGACCACUUCCCUGCGGUGCUGAAUUAGAGUCCCAGCGCCGACAGCCCCGCAAAUAAUGGCCUCCAGCUUCUCCGCGAGGAGAGGCGCGUCUGAUGUUUUGAAGCCAGCCACGCAGGAGGGUUUGAGGCCAGGGAGGCUCCUCCUCAGUGCUUGCCGGCCACCCCUCUGGACCUUCAUGGGUCUCAUUUUCCUCCUUUGGUCAGGAGGUCUGUCGCUCUACCCUCCGCCCCUUCCACCCCGAAGAUGCAGUGAGGAUAAAGUUUAUUCGAAAAAUUGGUAUCAGCAAACGCUUAGGAAAUACCAACAUGUAUAAAUAAUGGCUUCUAGGACUUUUAAGAACCCCUUAAGCAACAGUAGUUUUCCUUUUCUCAGUAUCAUCCCUUUGAGAACUACCUCUUAUGAACCAGUUACUAUGUGGCAGGCCUUGGGCUAAGCAUAAUCUCAUUGAAUUCUCCCAGCAAUCCUUUGAGGUAGCUUGUUUUUUGUUCACAAAUGAGAAUGCGGAGUCUCGGAGGGGCAGUGCGCGCCUCAAGUUACACAGCUGGGAGGUGGAGCAGGAAUUGAUUGCAGGUCUGUGUCUGCCGCACGGUUUGCACAGGGCCUUGCACAGAAGGAGUGCUAUAGGUGUUUGCUGCUGCAGCUGCUGUUACAUCUCAUUGGCUGGGGAGAAGGGGCGAUGGGGACUGUUUGGGGUUCCCUCCUCUGGAAGACCACUCCGAAGCAAGGCAGCUUUUCUGGAAUGCCUUGUGUUUUCUCUGGCACAAUCUCCACUGAGAUUGUUCUUCUCUUCUUUGGACUGGAAAAAAUAGACUCACGACUUCCUUCAGCAGCCUUUUAUCUUUGGUCAAAAGCCAUAUAUUAAAGUCUCAAAGCCUUGCCCUCUGCAGACUGGUUCAGCCAAAGCCAGAUGCACGUGCACUCACUGGAUGUGGAGUCCCUGUCAGAUGAUGGAGACUCCUUGGGCAUUGCUGCAGGAACCCAGGAAGUCAGCAUCUGCAGCUCUCACGCUCUCAGAGGUGGCUCUGAAUCUGCCCAUCCAGCAGCCCAUCCACCAGGGGUUACCAGACACUACUAAGGAAAGGGCAAGAAGGCCAGGGGCAUUUCUGGACCCUCAUCAUCAUCUGUAGUCCCAGGUUACAGAUGAGCUGCCCACACCCUUGCUCCAUGAGGCUAGAGUACCCAGUGAUACCCACCACUUGUGCUGUGGCAGAUCUAAUUGAGUGCUGUGCAGCAAAAGGAAGGCUGAAAAAGUGGCAGCUAUGAAUCCGGCAGUUCCUUGCCAGAGGCCUCUACUCACUCCAGACCACUGGAGCCCAUCGCUGUCAGCUGUCAAAGAAGGAUGCGAAUGCUGGCCACUUCCUGCAGGCUUUGCUUCACCCAGAGGUGAGCCCAGGCCAGGAUGGGGGACUCCAGGGACCUUUGCCCUCACCUUGACUCUAUAGGGGAGGUGACCAAAGAGGACUUGCUGCUCAAAUCUAAGGGAACCUGUCAGUCGUGUGGGGUCACUGGACCAAACCUUUGGGCCUGUCUCCAGGUCGCCUGCCCCUAUGUUGGCUGUGGAGAAUCUUUUGCUGACCACAGCACAAUUCAUGCACAGACAAAAAAGCACAACUUGACUGUGAACCUGACCACGUUCCGGCUGUGGUGUUAUGCCUGUGAGAAGGAGGUGUUCCUGGAGCAGCGGCUGGUGGCCCCUCUGCCGGGCUCCUCCUCCACGUUCUCUGAACAGGACUCCCCACCACCCUCCCACCCUCUGAAAGCUGUUCCUAUUGCGGUGGCCGACGAAGGAGAGUCUGAGUCAGAGGAUGAUGACCUGAAACCUCGAGGCCUCACGGGCAUGAAGAACCUUGGGAACUCCUGCUACAUGAAUGCGGCCCUGCAGGCCCUGUCCAAUUGCCCUCCACUGACUCAGUUCUUCUUGGAGUGUGGAGGCCUGGUGCGCACAGACAAGAAGCCAGCCCUGUGCAAGAGCUACCAGAAGCUGGUCUCUGAGGUCUGGCACAAGAAACGGCCAAGCUACGUGGUCCCCACCAGUCUGUCUCAUGGGAUCAAGUUGGUCAACCCAAUGUUCCGAGGCUAUGCCCAGCAGGACACCCAAGAGUUCCUUCGCUGCCUGAUGGACCAGCUGCACGAGGAGCUCAAGGAGCCAGCAGUGGCCACGGUGACGCUGAUGGAGGCACGGGACUCAGACUCAAGUGACACGGAUGAGAAACGGGAGGGCGACCGGAGCCCGUCAGAAGACGAGUUUUUGUCCUGCGACUCGAGCAGCGACCGGGGUGAGGGUGACGGGCAGGGUCGUGGCGGGGCCAACUCGCAGGCAGAGAUGGAGCUGCUGAUCCCAGAAGAGGCGGGCAGAGCCAUCUCCGAGAAGGAACGGAUGAAGGACCGAAAGUUCUCCUGGGGCCAGCAGCGCACAAACUCGGAGCAAGUGGACGAGGACGCUGAUGUGGACACCGCCAUGGCUGCCCUUGAUGACCAGCCUGAGGAGGCCCAGCCCCUGACACCACGGUCCACCAGCCCCUGCCGGACGCCAGAGCCGGACAAUGAUGCCCACCUGCGAAGCUCCUCUCGCCCCUGCAGCCCCGUCCACCACCACGAGGGCCAUGCCAAGCUGUCCAGCAGCCCCCCUCGUGCAAGCCCCGUGAGGACAGCACCGUCGUAUGUGCUCAAGAAAGCCCAGGUCUCGAGUGCUGGCAGCCGGAGGCGGAAGGAGCAGUGCUACCGCAGUGUCAUCUCCGACAUCUUCGACGGCUCCAUCCUCAGCCUUGUGCAGUGUCUCACUUGUGACCGGGUGUCCACCACGGUGGAGACGUUCCAGGACCUGUCACUGCCCAUUCCUGGCAAGGAGGACCUGGCCAAACUCCACUCAGCCAUCUACCAGAACGUGCCCGCCAAGCCGGGCACCUGUGGAGACAGCUACACCACCCAGGGCUGGCUGGCCUUCAUUGUGGAGUACAUCCGACGGUUUGUGGUAUCCUGUACCCCCAGCUGGUUUUGGGGGCCUGUCAUCACCCUGGAAGACUGUCUGGCUGCCUUCUUUGCCGCUGAUGAGCUGAAGGGUGACAACAUGUACAGCUGUGAGCGCUGUAAGAAGUUGCGGAACGGAGUGAAGUACUGCAAAGUCCUCCGGUUGCCUGAGAUCCUGUGCAUUCACCUGAAGCGCUUUCGGCAUGAGGUGAUGUACUCGUUCAAGAUCAACAGCCACGUCUCCUUCCCACUCGAGGGGCUCGACCUGCGGCCCUUCCUUGCCAAGGAGUGCACAUCCCAGAUCACCACCUACGACCUCCUCUCGGUCAUCUGCCACCACGGCACGGCAGGCAGUGGGCACUACAUUGCCUACUGCCAGAAUGUGAUCAACGGGCAGUGGUACGAGUUCGACGACCAGUAUGUCACGGAGGUCCAUGAGACCGUGGUGCAGAAUGCCGAGGGCUACGUGCUCUUCUACAGGAAGAGCAGCGAGGAGGCUGUGCGGGAGCGGCAGCAGGUGGUAUCCCUGGCUGCCAUGCGGGAGCCCAGCCUGCUGCGGUUCUACGUGUCCCGUGAGUGGCUCAACAAGUUCAACACCUUUGCAGAGCCGGGGCCCAUCACCAACCAGACCUUCCUCUGCUCCCAUGGAGGCAUCCCACCCAACAAAUACCACUACAUCGACGACCUGGUGGUCAUCCUGCCGCAGAACGUCUGGGAGCACCUGUACAACAGAUUUGGUGGUGGCCCCGCCGUGAACCACCUGUACGUGUGCUCCAUCUGCCAGGUGGAGAUCGAGGCACUGGCCAAGCGCAGGAGGAUCGAGAUCGACACCUUUAUCAAGCUGAACAAGGCCUUCCAGGCUGAGGAGUCGCCGGGCGUCAUCUACUGCAUCAGCAUGCAGUGGUUCCGGGAGUGGGAGGCCUUCGUCAAGGGGAAGGACAACGAGCCCCCAGGGCCCAUUGACAACAGCAGGAUCGCACAGGUCAAAGGAAGUGGCCAUGUCCAGCUGAAGCAGGGAGCUGACUACGGGCAGAUUUCAGAGGAGACAUGGACCUACCUGAACAGCCUGUACGGGGGCGGCCCUGAAAUCGCCAUCCGCCAGAGCGUGGCACAGCAACCGCUGGCCCCAGAGAGCCUGCACGGGGAGCAGAAGAUUGAAGCCGAGACCCGGGCCGUGUGACUCGCUGGGCUGGUCUCCCCGUGUGCCCCACCCGCAGAGGGCGUGUUUAUGCCCAGAAGAGAGGCCAGGCCGCUGCAGAACCCUGCUGUGUAAAGAGGCAGUAAAGCUGGUUUGGUUCGCAGUGAGUAAUGCUGCAUCUAGAAAAUACAUGCACUUCAGGCUUGUUUAAACGACCAAGACUCUGUGAUGUUAAUCUGGGUCUUUGUCCUGACAGUGCCCCUGCCAGUCACUGUCAUCAUUGUGUCCCCUACAACUGCCCUCUUGCUAGCUCAGCCCAGCUUUAUCCCUGGAGCCCAAUGCCACCCCCCUCAGUCAGAGGCUUUGACCUGGGACAGAGUUGGGGAGAAGCUGCUGCUUCCACUCAGCCCGGACUGAAGACUUGGAGGGAGCUGCUCAGAGCCGGUGAGCGCAGCCAGAAGCCCCUGCCAGGGAGGAGCUCCCUGCACCCCUGCCUCUCCUGGUUGUCACCAGAAAGGCCCUGAAGUCCCAGGCUGCUCUCAGCACUUUUCCUGCAGACUCAAGACUCUGGACUCAUUGGUGAUUGGAGUGCCAGGAGGAGAGGUUGGAUUUCCACCAGUGGGGAAUGUUUCUGGAGGCAGCUGGUCCCCUGCACUGCGUCCUGCUGAGCCUGCCCUCUGGAUGGAUUGUAAUUUGCCUCGAAGUUCAGCAGUUCAUCUUCACGGGAAAUUUGCCGAGCCCCCACCAGGGACCCAGAUGAUGAAACAGGGAUACCUCACAGCACUGCCAUUUGCUGCGGAGGCAGCUUCCCGGGCCGACACCAGGGAAGACAGACUUUCCCUUCCUCCCAGCUGCAGCAGUGCAGAGCCGGUGUGCAUGGGGCAGCGCUCAGGUGGAUCCUGGGAAGUGGCCUCUGGAUGCUGAGUGGAGGGACCCACUGAGCACAGCAAGGCACCAAAGCCCCUGGAGAAACCACCAGGGUGAGAGGUGCUGCCAUCAUCAGGGUCAAAGCAGUCAGGGCGUGGGUGGGGAAGGGGCUCUGGGACCAGGCCCCCCUCACAACUGGUCAUUAGUCUCUAGAAGCAGAUGCUGGUGGAAAUUCUAGCAGGUGGGUCCGUCAGAGGCCCUGAGGCCUCACUUUUCAGAUCUUCUCUCCCAGAUCCUGCUCCCUUCCUGCUGAGCCUGGGGUUCCCUGGCAUCAGCCCCAAAGCCACUGCUGCAGCCAGAGGCCACAGGCUGCACUGUGGUGACACAGUGAGGCUGCUGUGCAGGCUGUGAUCUGACCCCACAUCUGCGCUGUCUAGUGUGUGUUCAGAAUGUCAGAAUAAACACAGAACAAACAUU